GUCAGGAUGCAUACUAUGGAUCAGUGUGAUUUAAGUGAAGAUGUGACUCAGCAGACGGUUUCAACUCCAGUUCGGGACCCCGUACCCAGAGACCCUAGUUGUUGGACUUACUACCACAAACCCAUCUUCAUCUUGAUCGCUGGUGGGCUAGCAUUAGCUGCUGGUUUUGUGAUAAUCCUCAAUUCUAGUGGAUUACUUACUAGUAAUUCUACAGACACAAUGGCUGUGGAUGAUGAAAUGGGCCCAUUGUGUCUUUCACUUGGGCUGAUGUUUGCUGUGUUCGGUGUGGUCUGGACAUUGAUCAUAAAAGAAAAUGUAAAACACAAAAGGCGGAUGAUCUAGAAUUAGAUAAAACAGUAGCCAACAAUGUCACAUGGGAUACCUUUAUGUAAAUAUUACUAGUGUUAACAUUUUUAUUUUUACUUGAUGUAUGAUUGUUGUCAUUUUGACUCACGUGUAGUGUGUUUUGAUAGUCAUUUAUCUUCAGGAUUGGGAUCCUGAUAAAGUUUUCUGAUAAAAGCAUUACUUUACUGCUCAACAUCAAGGUUUAUUCACUUCAGUGUACUUUGAACAUCAUCUGUACAGGUGUACGUCAUGUUUCUCGCAAUGUGUACUUUUAGCACUGUAGUCUUCUGGGCGGACAAGCUGCAGUCUAGUGAUACAAUUCGAUAAAAAACUGGAUAUGGAGAAAAAGCAUCCAGGAGUUGGUCGUUGUAAAUGUGCAUUUUGGUUUGCUGUUUUUCACGACAUUUUUGGACUUUUUGUCCUCCUGGUUGGUGUGUUUUGGGACAUCUUUUUCCAUGACUUUUUAAUCUUCGCUGGAGCUGUGAUUAUUUUCCUGAGUCUCAUCUGGUGGGUGUUUUGGUACACUGGUAAUAUUGAAGUGCCUCCUGAAGAGCUGGAGGACAACGUUGCUCAAUACAAACGCACUAAAGGAAUUUCAGGCGUUAUGCAUAAAGUCUCCAGCAGUCUCUCCAACGGACUGAGGAAUUCCUUCAGGAGAAGUGGAAGAAUCAACACUCAGGCUGAAGGCUCUCAGGCAAACCGCACGGCCAAAGCAGAUCAACCUGUUACUAUUGCCAUGAGCUCCUAUCUGAAUACACAACCACCUGGGACAACCAACCAUCUGAACCGAGAUCCUUUAGUGAUAUAAUAUACAGUGCUCUGCAGGGAGACCCUCCUCUUCAUAUCUGCAUCGAUGCUGCCUAGAAAUGACUUGCCUUUAGAAGUGCUUUAGAGAUCUUUAGGAUCAUCAGUGUUUUCGGCUACAUUUAUAUAUAAUUGUUCAUAUAUACAUUU